AUCUGGCAUGCAUCUCGUCCGAUGCACAGCGACCAUAUUUCGGUUCAACUUAUUUUUGCUGUGUCCUCUCCGCAAUAUUGUAUUCUUUUGUGUCGUCGCCGCUUAAAACUUUCAGCGAAACCCACAAUUGUCCAUCUUACCUGUUUUCCAUUGGAGAGGGCUUUUCAAUCACAACACCAUAUGUGAUAACCCUGCCAAUACAGCGCCGCUGGAUGGUUGCAGUGGACAAGUGUUUUCCCAUUCGAUGCAUCUUGUCCUAAAUAUUACCGACAGCCAACAAAUAUUCAACAUCAUGAAACUUUGCAGUGGAGCUUCACAUCUAACGCUUUCGACCAGAUUUCUAAUUAUGCUGAUUUUUGCUUGGACGCUCGCUCUAGCCGUUGACGGAAGAACCCGUCCGCCGAAUGUUUUGCUAUUCAUAAUGGACGAUGUUGGAAUGGGAGACAUAGGGUGUUUCGGCAAUGACACGAUCCAGACGCCUAACAUUGACGGUUUAGCCAAGGAAGGAGUCAAACUGACCCAGCACCUUGCGCUGCCGCUGUGCACGCCCAGUCGAGCUGCCCUUAUGACUGGCCGGCUGCCUAUACGAUACGGUAUGGGGGCAGAAGGAAGAAUGAGAGUAUUUGUCUACCUGUCGGCACGUGGUGGCAUACCUUCUAAUGAGACAACCAUGGCAGAAUUACUGAAAGAAGUUGGGUAUUCUACGGCGUUGAUAGGUAAAUGGCACUUGGGCAUAUCAUGCAUCGAUAAGGAUUCCUGCUCCGAUCCUAAUUCGCAAGGAUUUGACUACUUCUACGGGCUUCCUGUUACCAAUUUACGAGACUGUGGCACAGAGAGCACUGUCUCCUAUGCAUGGGCCAAGCCACGGAGGGUAUACACAAAGAUGGGCUACUCUGUGAUAGGCGCCCUUGUAGCUGCUAUUUUCCUCAAGUGGGUGAACAUCGUUGGCUGUAGGGGCGUUGUUAUGUUCCUAUUUGUGGCCCUAGCUGCGAACGGGUCCUUGUUGGUGUACUGGAAGGCUAUUAGGAUCAACUGUGUCUUAAUGGAGAACCGUAGGGUCGUCGAGCAACCCCUUCAAUAUGAUCACCUGACAGAAAGGCUACACAACCGCGCCAUUCACUUCAUGGAGAGUCACCGGCACCAGCCCUUUCUUCUCGUCAUGUCCUUCGUACAGGCUCACACGGCGCUGUUCAACAACAACCGGUUCCGCAACCACAGCGUGCAUGGCCGCUACGGCGACAACUUGGAGGAGAUGGAUUGGAGCGUAGGGGAGGUUCUCAGGUCAUUGAAGAAUCUGGGCCUCGAGAACAACACCUUUAUAUAUCUGACGUCAGAUAAUGGAGGUCACGUGGAGGAGUUCACGGACGACGAUGUACGAGAGGGCGGGUGGAAUGGAAUCUUCAAAGGCGGUAAAGGUAGCACAUGGGAAGGUGGUAUCCGAGUUCCAACUGUUGUGAAACUCCCUGGCGUCAUCCCAGCGGGCACCGUGGUAUCUCAACCCACGCACCUACCGGACAUCUUACCAACUGUGGCGCGAGUCACCGGAGUCACACUGCCCACUGACCGGCUCUACGAUGGCCGAGACCUGAUGCCACUGCUGAUCUCCAACGACAGCAGUAAGGUUGUGCACGAAUUCAUGUUCCAUUAUUGCGGAAGCUUUAUCACUGCUGUCAGAUACACGCCAAUAGGGGGUGACAUCACAUACAAGCUUCACUUCACAACUAGCCGUCUCGUUCCAGGGAUACACGGUGUCAUGGGUUGCUUCCAGACUUACACGUGCGACUGUACAGGCAGUUUCACGGACCGCCACGACCCACCCCUAGUGUACAACCUGACCAUGGACCCCUCAGAGACCAGUCCACUAGACAGCAGUAAUCCAAGAGUCCAAGGGGUUGUCGGCAAGGUCGGGGAAGCGGUAGCCAGGCACCGCAAGACGAUUCCCCAACAGCAGUUGCAUCAGUUUGGUAUCCUGCAGUUGUUUCCCCGACCCUGGGACCGACCACGUUGUGGGAGCUUUCCUUUCUAUUCAUGUACUGACCCGUACCUCGUACUCCUAAAAACCAGGAAGAAACAGGCUACGUGGUAACUAAUGCUACUCUAAGCUACAACUUCUUCUGAAGUUUUGCAUGUGAUAAUCGGGUAGUUAAAAAUAUUGGCAAAAUAACCCGAAUAGUCCCGAAUCCUCCUAAAUUAAUAUUUUUUUGCACAUACCUUUGGUGACGCCUGGUAAAAUUUUGAAUGACUUUGUCGUGUUGCUCUUCAUCUUCUCUAUAUAAUUCAUUACUCCAAACAGCUGUUUCGCAAAAUUUAAUUAAAUUUUUUGAAGUUGUCCAAAUGCUCCUAAAAAUACUGAUAACGAUUGUUUUGGUCGUUGAAUGUGAUGGAAACCCCCAAAAGUCACAAACUGUAGGAAAACGGGAUGCUUAAUAUAAUCAUCAUACUCUUAUCAUACCUCCCCCAAGCAGGCAACCGGUUUCAAAUUAUUUUUUAUACUAGAGGACAUUUCUUUUCACACAGGAUUUAAAAAACAAUA